UAUUACUCCAUUGUUACUCCAUAUUCAAAUUAUUCCUAUAUCUUAAAUUAUUUAAGGGUUUUGUACGGUGAAGAAAUAAUGUAGAUAUUUAUCGAGAAUUUUCCGAAGAUGCUUUUCAGUGUUUUCAGUCUAGGAAGCGUAAACGUGCACGUUGCUCUGAGCGUGUGCGCGCCGAUGGGGCGGGGACGCGCAAAGGGCACAGUUCCACGUGGUGUCCACAGGGGGGCAGCACCGAGCCGACGCGUGCGUCCUUCGCCGGACAUUCUCACAUCUCCACCAAAACACUCGGGAAAAGAUAUCCCACCAGGGAGGCGGCGGCUCACUACCACCAUCCACCAUUCAUCGUCUUCUGCUCCGAAUAUCGUCGUACCAUGGAAGUGGGGACUCCCAGCACAUGGGGAGAGAGACAACGGAGCACAAAGAAGAGGGGAGCCAGCUCAUAGUGCCUCCACAUGCCCUAUGGUCCUUCGCAUCCAGAAGACGCAGUAGGGUACAAGGUGUAGGCCGUUGAACCGUCGGACUGAUUGUGACCUGCUGAAGCGACCGCAUCCCGCUGUCUUUAGUGGGGAGGAAACGAGGAGGAUUGCUGGACGUGGUCCCCGGUUUCAUGUAAUCUUCCGUUGACUAGAAGACAAGAAAAUGAGUGAGCAGAGCAUCUGCCAGGCCCGGGCCUCCGUCAUGGUGUACGACGACGCCAGUAAGAAAUGGGUCCCCAUCAAGCCGGGCCAGCAGGGCUUCAGCCGCAUCAACAUCUACCACAACACCACGAACAACACCUUCAGGGUGGUGGGCGUCAAGCUGCAGGACCAGCAGGUGGUCAUCAAUUACUCCAUCGUCAAAGGCCUCAAGUACAACCAGGCCACGCCCACCUUCCACCAGUGGCGGGACGCACGCCAGGUGUACGGCCUGAACUUCGCCAGCAAGGAGGAGGCCACCACCUUCUCCAACGCCAUGCUGUUCGCCCUCAACGUGCUGAGCUCGCCUGACGGGGGAGGAGGUCCUGUUCAGGUCCAGAGGCAGAAUGGUCCGUCCUCAGAGGACAGCGAGGCACAAAGGAGGAUGCUGGAACAGCACCAGAUGCAGGCGCACAAGGAGAGAGAGCGCAGGACGUCAGGAUCAGUCGUCUCCACUCUCCAAUAUAAAGUCGCCACCCCCCCCACCCACCCUGACACUCCGCCCGGGUACAGACACUACAGGGCUAGCACCCUGCCGCCCUCCUACGUGCGCGUGGCCUCCUCCUCCUCCUCCCCCCCCUGCUCCUCCGCCUCCUCCUCUCCCUCCCAGGAGAGGGAGGCCUCCAGGGACACGGGGCAGCUGUCCUCCCAGCUCUCCACCUCCCUGGCCUCCGCCUUCUCCCCCGUCCAGGGCGGGGUCGGCACCCAGGGCCGGCAGGUCCGCCAGAUCCCCCUGUCCCCUCCCUCCAUCGCCCGCCACUUGCACCACCAACAACAACAACAGCAACAACAGCUGUAUCAACAGCAACAGGAGAUCGUCCUCCCGCCCAAACACGGCACCUGGUCCGCCUCCCACAUGUCCCACAUGUACGCUCAGAUGCAGGCCGCCGCCGCCGCCCAGUCCCCCCCGGUCAUGAUGGCCAUGCCUGGGAAGCAGGCCCCGCCCCCGCAGCCCGCCCCCCCGGUGGCCCUGCCGCUGCCCCCGCUGAGCUCCAGGCCCAAGCCCCCCCCCAUCGACACCAGCCUGGCCUCCCAGCAGUACGCCCAGCACCUGACCCCCCAGUCCAACGGCCUGCCCGAGGAGUACUACUCCCCCCACUCCCACCACCUGCCCGUCACCCCGCACUACUGCGAGGCCGUGCCCAUGCCGCCCCUGACUGGCUCUCCGGCCCAGGCCCCGCCCCCUCAGGCCCCGCCUCCUCAGGCCCCGCCCCCUGGCCAGUACCCCUCCAGCUUCCAUCCUCAACAGCAAAUGCAACAACAACAACAACAACAACAACAACAACAACAUCAGCUACAACAGCAGCAGCAGCAGAUGUACCAUCAACAGCAGCAGCUGUACCAGCAGCAGCAGCAGGUUUACCAGCAGCAGGCUCUGCCCCCCUCCUCCUCCUCCUCACCCCCCUCUUACACUUACGUGUCUGAUGGGGGCUCGCCCAAGAAGGCCCCCUCCCCGGUGCCCCAGCAGGCCCCAGGGGCCCGCAGCAGUCCCCCUGUCUCCGCAGGUCACCCGGCGUCCAUGCUGUCCGUAGCCCCCCCCCCGGCCCCCGUCCUACCGCCCAUGGCCGGACCGCCCGCCCCGCCGCCCCCUCCGGGGCCCCCGCCCCCUCCCAUGGCGGUGCCCCCGCCCAUGCCCCCUCCGCUGCCCGCCGGCGGAGGCCCUCCCGGGGGCCCGCCCGGGCUCAUGCAGCCCGCCGGGCUCGCCGCCGCGCUGGCCGGCGCCAAACUACGUAAAGUGCAGCGCGAUGAGAGCAGCCCCCCGGGGUCGGGCGGCUCCCGGAGCGACUCCAACCGCUCCAGCGGCGGCAGCGGGGGCGGAGGGGAGGGGCUGAUGCAGGAGAUGAACGCCCUGCUGGCUCGGAGGCGGAAAGCAUCAGAGAAACCUGAUGAAGACGACUCCGGCGGUCGUGGACAGAAUUCUACAGAUGCCCUGAAGAAGCCGUGGGAGCGGUCUAACUCGGCUGAGCGCUCCUCGCUGGUGUCUAGAGUGAGGCCUGUCGGCAGCUCCAGUGAAGCAGACACAGAGUUCGACAGAAUGAAGCAGGAGAUCCUGGAUGAGGUCGUACGUGAAUUGCAUAAAGUUAAAGAUGAGAUCAUCAAUGCCAUUAGACAAGAGAUUGGCAGAAUCAGCACGUCCUAGUGUCUCCUGAACACCGGUGGGAGGAGCCAGAGGAUCGGCAGACAGUCACAGACCUCAGGAAUGUUUCCCGCCAUGUUUCUGUGACGCCAUGUUGAACAGUCAAUGAGCCGUGAUGGAAGUUACAGAAAUGCUGCGCCAAACAUUUCUCAAUCUGCCGCAGAACAGAGGCAUGAGGAAGCAGUGGAAACAGAGCAACGAGACGAGACGAGGACAUCGAGGGAGAGGAAAGUGAAACGUGUGAGGGAUGUGCAGGUGUGUGCGAAAGGACUUGGCUGAGAGGGGGAAUAUGGUGGCGGUCUGACACUCGCACUGAGUUUGGUUUUGUCACGCGCUCCGCGAGAGACCGAGAGACUCCGUCAGCCCAGGGUCGCAAAGCUAUUCUUUUCAGUCAUAAGAAAAAAACACAAACAUUUUUCUAAGUUUUUACUGUUUUAUUUAAAAAUGCUGUGAUGAUGAUGAUGUUGCAAUUAAUGACAAUGAUAAUUUGAUUGAUAUUGUAGGAGAAACCACCCUUGCACAUACUUUGUCAGCCUUUUAUAUUUUCAACAGUUUCUAUUUAGUUGUCCCGUAGUCAAACCUUAGGAACAAAAAGCACAAUACGGGCAGACAAGGUGUUUCAGACGCACCUGUCCAGUUUUCAAACGCCGUUGCGAUGGCCUUGUUCAUAUUGACAUGUGGUUCUAUCCUACUCAAAAAAUGUUGGGUGCCAUGUAGGUGAGUAUCUCAUUUGAUCCAGAAAUGGGUCUUUAGAUAAUCCCCUGCGUCCAAGGUCAACAAUAAAACCAGAAUAACUGGAUCUCCCAUUCCAGUCCAGUCCUGCUCCAGUGUGAUCCAGGCAUCAGGUGGAAUCAGGUGGAAUCAGGCUGAAUCAGGUGUCUGUGUGGGGGGGUCAGAGCAGCU